CCCUCUCUCUCCAUUUUGCCUGCUGGGAAAACAUGUCUUGGACCACAAAGAAAGCAAUCCAAGAACUUGUCCGAGGCAGGGAGUUGACGAAUCAGGUACGAGAUCUACUCACUUACUCACUACCCCAUGAGUCGGGGUUAGUUGAGAGUGAAGAUCUAGUAAUCAAAAUCCGCAACACUUUCGCUAAUACUCUCUCCAUUUUAAGAAAAUCUAACACAGCCGAUUACUACAAUGAUGGGAACAACGAUGGCCGGAAAUCCGAGGGUUCGGGCGAGAGCAUUAAGACUAGUCCCUCUACUCUCAAAGUCAAGGAUCGAAGACGGUCUUACAAGAGAAGCAAGUGUGUGGAGUCAAGGACAGACAUCAGCUCAGCACUGGUUGAUGAUGGGUAUGCAUGGAGGAAAUAUGGGCAGAAGCAAAUCCUGAAUGCCAAUCGUCCAAGAAGCUACUACAGAUGCACCCACAAGAAAGAGCAGGGCUGCCAAGCAACCAAGCAAGUCCAGAAGAUUGAAGACGAUCCCCCAAAGUAUGAAACCAUCUAUCUAGGCCACCACACUUGCAAAGACACGCUCAACCCUUGUCAUCUCAUCAUGGACCAUUCUGACUCAUCCCUACUCAUAAGCUUUGCAAACCAUCAAGACCGCCCUUUUUUCUCAUCGGUAAAGCAGGAAACCAAAGGGGAUUAUCUUUUGUCAAUGAGUGAAAUCACCUACAACAAUGACUCCUCAUCGUCCCAUUCUCAUCAUCCAAGUACGUUCGAUCCAUCGGCUGAAAUGAGUGUGUUGUCAGCUGACCACGAUGUUAUCUCUGGGAUGGUGGAUUCUGUACUAGAUUUAGAUGAGCUGCUUGAGUUUUGAUGGGAUGGGUUACUUUGUUAUAAUCUUAGUCAGCUAAUCUUAAUGUAGAAAUAUGAUGUUUUCGCUUCUUUUCUUAUUAUAAUAAGAAUGGGCCUCCAAAAUGCUAACAGCUCUUUCCUC